UCGCACCCGAAGCGAGAAUCAUACCACUAGACCAAACACCCGUGGCACUUUCUGGAUUUCCUCUUUGUACUUUGAUUUCAUUUAUUUUUUUUAUUCCAAUCCGCCAUUCUCUUUUUUAUUAACACUGGUUUAUUUUUGCUUUUCCCACAAUUUUCUUCACCGUUGGGCUCAAACCAGAAUUAGGGUUUCUUCAUUAUCGUCUUCUCCUUGGUCUCGGGAAUUGAAUUCAGUCGUGAGUUCAACUCAGCUGACUUGUGAGUUAUCGACUCACCGAGUCUAGGUUUUUGUGGCUAUGGCUCAAUCAUCCAAUAAUGCUGUUGGAGUUGAUAACACUUUUAGGAGGAAAUUUGAUAAAGAAGAGUACUUAGAACGAGCUAGGAAGCGUGAACAGGAGGAGGAGGAGGGGGGGAGGCAUAAAUCCAAGUCCAAAGGUCCUCCGGUGCAAAGGAAACCCUUGAAGCACAGAGAUUAUGAAGUAGACCUUGAAUCCCGUUUGGGAAAAACCCAGGUUGUUACUCCAAUAGCACCUCUCAGCCAGCAGGCUGGAUACUACUGUUCAGUUUGUGAAUGUGUAGUAAAGGAUUCUGCAAACUACUUGGACCAUAUCAAUGGAAAGAAACAAAAACAACCCCAAGAAUCAGGACCAACUCCUCCUCUUGAACUUGCCAUUGAAACAACAUUUGUGACUUCUGCUUCUAGUUCCGAUUCGCAGAGGCCCUCUAGUAAAGAUGGAAUAUUUUGGACUUAUUCGGCAAAAACCCAUUAUCCAACAUCUCCUCCAUAA